AUGAACAACAACAUCAACAACAACAACAUCGUCAACAGAGCAUUACCUAUGACAAAUCAUCCUCCAGUUGCAUCGUUAAUACGUGUCUAUCACAAGAAAAACUUGCUUAGCAGACCGCGAACUGAACAUACGACAGGAAGGGGUGGACAAACUGGCCAAAAAUACACCAGUAAAGUUUUGGAGGCUGAUAAAACGAACAACAACAUCAACAACAACAUCAACAACAACAACAACAUCAACAACAACAACAUCAACAACAACAACAUCAACAACAACCAAGAUGAUGUCUUCAUGAAAGUUGUGAAUGCCUACCUGAACAACAACCCGAAAAACACCAAAGAACACGAAUCAUACGUGGAGGCCAAACAGGAUCUAACUAAUCACCACAAUGCCAAGAUCAACAAAUCAAACACCUCACAAAUACAUGGCAAAAUACCUAUAGUAGUACGCUCAACAAAUAUUCCGUAUACAAAAGUACCUGGAAUUGAAAUAUAG